UGGCGCGGAGGAGGCGGGUGGACAGGCGGUUGGAAGCGCGAGCGGCCGGGCGGUGGUCGAUUCCCAUCUGGACGCAGACGAUGGCGAGCCCGCCGGCUGUGCCCCGGCUGCCUCCGCACGACCCGAGGACGCCGGCUCUGUCGGUGGUGGACAUGCACACGGGCGGCGAGCCCCUGCGCAUCGUGCUGGCGGGGUGUCCGGAGGUGGUCGGCCCCACGCUGCUGGCCAAGCGGCGCUACAUGCGCCAGCACCUCGACCACGUGCGGCGACGGCUCAUGUUCGAGCCCCGGGGGCACCGGGACAUGUACGGGGCUGUGCUGGUGCCGAGCGAGCUGCCUGACGCGCACCUGGGCGUCCUGUUCCUGCACAACGAGGGCUACAGUUCCAUGUGCGGCCACGCGGUGCUGGCUCUGGGCCGGUUCGCGCUCGACUUCGGGCUGGUGCCAGCGCCCCCCGCCGGCGCCCGCGAGGCCCUGGUCAACAUCCACUGCCCGUGCGGGCUGGUGGCCGCCUUCGUGGAGUGCGAGGGCGGCCGCAGUGACGGCCCGGUGCGCUUCCACAGCGUCCCGGCCUUCGCGCUGGCGACAGAUCUCCUAGUGGAUGUCCCCGGUCAUGGAAAGGUGGUGGUGGACAUUGCAUAUGGUGGUGCGUUUUAUGCGUUUGUUAGUGCUGAAAAGUUAGGACUUGAUGUUUGUUCCACAAAGACAAGGGACCUCAUGGAUGCAGCAAGUGCAGUGACAGCAGCAGUGAAAGCUCAGUUUAAAAUUAAUCAUCCUGACAGCGAAGACCUUGCCUUUCUAUAUGGAACUAUAUUAACAGAUGGAAAAGACGCUUAUAGUGAGGAACCAACCACCAACAUCUGUGUGUUUGCAGAUGAACAGGUCGACAGAAGUCCUACCGGCUCAGGAGUGACAGCCCGAAUUGCCCUACAGUAUCACAAAGGGCUUCUAGAACUGAACCAGACCAGAGCCUUUAAAAGCAGUGCAACCGGCUCAGUAUUCACAGGGAAGGCUGUGAGGGAAGUAAAAUGUGGUGAUUUUAAAGCUGUUAUAGUGGAAGUAUCUGGACAAGCCCAUUACACAGGUACAGCAAGCUUUAUAGUAGAAGAUGAUGACCCACUGAGGGAUGGAUUUCUUCUCAAAUGACUUAUAUGACUUUUAAGGGCUUUCUUUAAAUUGUUAUCAUAAGUAAUUUUUCUUUGAAUUACGUGGAAAACUGUAUCCAAAUUGUACAUGUAAGCCAACUAACAUUCUUCUUAAAAUAAUACACUGUGGUUAAAUAUAAAGUCAUUAUUCCUCAUAUUUAUACAUGUGUAUUGGUAUAAAUAUUGCUUAUAGAAUACAAAAUGCAGAAUACUUUUCUAAUUAUUAACAUAUCAGGUAAAAUUAAAACCUUAGUUCUUGUUACUUUUAAAUAUUCCUCUGUGGUAAUUACUAUAAUAUUCUGUUUUAAAUGCUCUGAAUAAUAGCUUCAAUUGUAGCCCUCACAGCAAUGAGUCUUACAAGUUCAUUAUUUUAGUCUUCCAGUUUUUGAGUAAAAUAAUGCCCUCUCUCUAAGCAGCAUGCAAGGGAGACAGCUUAUUAUAAAGUCCUCAACACUUAGCAGUCAUAAACUGGGAAGGAAUGGGGUGGUCAGCUUCUUUGGGUGAGAGUUGUUGUAGCUGCUGCAGGGAUGUCCUCUGUGCGGCAGAGCCCAGCUCCUAUACCCGUAAACUCGUGAGAGAUGAUCAAGAAUCAGGCUUUUGAUAUAUCUUUAAGGCUCUUAUAAAAGGGGUUGUUUAUUGCAUUACUGAAGUAUAGGUACACAGUAGGAGUCAAUCAAUAAAUCUCUACAGCGGGGCAAGUCUCAUACUCUGCCAACUACAUGCCAGGUAAUUUAAAACAUGAAAGAAAUGUUAACUAUUGGCAUUCUUGCUAGUUAAUUGUGAACCUGUUAAAAAAUAAAAUUUGAUCAUUAUCAGUCAUUAUAAAAUGAAGUAUUAAAAAUUAUUCACCAUGUGAUUUUC